AUUCUGAUGAGAUAUAUCUCCAGUGCAGUUCCCGCACUCCUUCGAUUUACCCUGUGCUCAAUGGUGUUAUUCUUCGCGUUCACCCUAUGUGGCUAGGCCGUGCUUGGUCCGUACCAUGUGAAGUUUCGCACAUUUAUAUCAACAAUCGAGAUUGGAGAGCGCGCCCCUCGGAGUAUCUACUUCUUCAGUCGUCUCUUUACCUGUUCAUCACCUUGUUCGCCUACAGCAUUCUCAACCUGUUUAUCUCAAUAAUUUUCGAAGCCCACGAGGAUGUCAAGGAAAUGUGUGGUACUGGCGGCCGCCGACGUGAUUCUUUACUGUUCAACUUCCUUCAUCAAACGCACUUUGACGGUAGUUCGCCAGAGUUCAGACAGGAUGAUAACAGUCCCGACUGGUACGUUAUGCGUGACUGCGCUUUGGGAGUGCGGUCACCACGAAGGACAUCGCACGGAAUAACAAAACGACUAUUAAAAGUCUGGCGGAAUUUCACUACAACGUACACGGAAGUAGAUAACCAUGGCGCAGCCCAAACCACACUCAGGCGAGCGGUACACUUAGGUGCUCGACGGGAUGAGAAGAAGCUGGUCCAAAUUCGGAGAUUGACACAAACUUCGGCGUCGACAAUGGAGACUGAGACAUCAGAUAACGUGCAUGGUACCUCCCUGGAAGCUCCACCACCACCACCACCACCUGGGACAGCUCCUU